AUGAAAUCCAAAUGGGUCUUUCACCAACUAAACUCCCGCCACCCUUCUUUGUCUUCUCUCUUUUCUCCACUCAAAACCAAAACAACCUCUCAACACCCAUAUUCAAGCUCUGCAAAACACGUCCUCAACCAUGUACAAAUCAGCCACCUCUUAUCUGUUUCUGCAAAAGACGGCCAGUUUUAUAUGGGUCCUUCUCUUCACGCCUUCUUCGUCAAAGGCCCCCAGUAUUUUGACGUCCAGAACCAAUGUAACAUUCAUAAUGUUGCCGUUAUUUGGAACUCUCUUUUGUCUUUGUAUACAAAAUGUGGUCCCAUAAAUGAUGCCGUUAAAUUGUUCGACGAAAUGCCGAUUAGAGAUACAGUGUCGUGGAAUAUAAUGAUAUCUGGGUUUUUGAGAGAUGGGGACUUUGAUACUGGUUUUGGGUACUUUAAGAGAUUGCUUGAAUUAGGUUUUGAUUGGUUAGAUCAAGCUAGUUUUACUACAAUGUUAUCGGCUUGUGAUAUACAGGAGUAUAGUUUUGUCACUAAAAUUAUACAUUGUUUAGUUGUUUUAAGUGGGUAUGAGCAAGAGGUAACAGUUGGUAAUGCGUUGAUUACUUCAUAUUUUAAAUGUGGGAGUUGUGGUUUAGGGAGGCAGGUUUUUGGUGAGAUGAGAGAAAGGAAUGUAAUUACUUGGACAGCUGUUAUUUCUGGGCUAGUGCAAAAUCAGUUGUAUGAUGAUAGUUUGAAGUUGUUUGCAGAAAUGCGUUGUGGAUCGGUUAAUCCAAAUUUCCUAACGUACUUGAGCUCACUGAUGGCAUGUUCGGGUUUACAGGCAUUAAGGGAAGGGCGUCAAAUCCAUGGAAUUCUGUGGAAGUUGGGGAGUCAGUCGGAUGUGCGCAUCGAGAGUGCACUGAUGGACAUGUACUCGAAAUGUGGAAGUGUGGAAGAUGCUUGGCGGGUUUUUGAGUCAGCUGAGGAACUUGAUGAGGUUUCGAUGACUGUAAUUCUUGUGGGGUUUGCACAAAAUAAGUUUGAGGAUGAAGCGAUACAAUUUUUCGUGAAAAUGGUUAAGGCAGGAAUUGAGAUUGAUCCAAAUAUGGUUUCAGCUGUUCUUGGGGUAUUUGGUGUUGAUACUUCUUUGGGUCUCGGUAAGCAAAUUCACUCCGUGAUUGUUAAAAGAGGCUUCACCUCUAAUCCCUUCGUAAGCAAUGGGCUGAUCAACAUGUACUCCAAGUGUGGAGAUUUGAAGGAGUCAAUCAAAGUUUUCAGUCGAAUGUCUGAUAAGAACUCAAUCUCAUGGAAUACCAUGAUUGCAGCUUUUGCUCGUCAUGGAAAUGGUUCUAGAGCACUAGAGUUGUACGAAGAGAUGAGAUUGGAAGGUAUCAAGCCAACGGAUGUCACAUUUCUCUCUUUGCUUCAUGCUUGUAGCCAUGUUGGCCUAGUUGAAAAGGGCAUGGAAUUCUUUAAAUCAAUGACUGAAGUUCACAAAAUCAGUCCCAGGACAGAGCAUUACGCAUGUGUAGUCGACAUGUUGGGUCGGGCAGGACUUCUCAACGAAGCUAAAAGCUUCAUUGAAGGAUUGCCCGUGAAGCCUGAUUUACUGGUUUGGCAAGCCUUACUUGGUGCUUGCAGCAUUCACGGCGAUUCUGAAAUGGGAAAAUAUGCUGCUGAUCAGUUAAUUCUGGCUGCACCCAACAGCCCAGCACCGUACAUUUUACUGGCGAAUAUAUAUUCAUCCAAAGGUAGAUGGAGAGAAAGAGCAAGAACUAUAAGAAGAAUGAAGGAAAUGGGGGUGGAUAAAGAGACUGGUAUUAGUUGGAUUGAGAUAGAAAAUGCAGUCCAUAGCUUUGUUGUUGAUGAUAGAAGUCAUCCAAAUGCUGAGAUCAUUUAUGAAGUUCUAGCAGAGUUGUUUAGACACAUGAUUGAUGAGGGAUAUCAACCAGAUAAGAGGUUUAUACUUCAUUGUUUGGAUCAAAAUGAUAAGGAGUAUUAUGUAGUUAAAACGGAGCAACUCCCUCCACGGCUUCACCACCAGAACCUGAGAAAAAAAAUGGAACAUUUGUGUCUCAACGGUUCGCUUCCUCUAAUUCUUUCGAUUCAAAAAGCAGUUGCAAAACCCAACCGUCACAACUUUCCCUCCCACUCAAGGACUCCACUUCGUUGCCCUUCUAAAACCUUCACCGUAAGAAACAGCAAAGAGACAACCGGAGACAGCGCUCCUCCUUCUCCUCUCUCCAGUUCUUCGGCUUACGCCAUUCUCGGCGUCGAGCCAAGCUGCUCAGCCGCGGAGCUUAAAGCUGCUUUUCGUUCCAAAGUUAAACAAUACCAUCCAGAUUUGAAUAGAGAUGGGAAAGAUUCUGAUUCAAUGAUUAGACUUGUAAUUCAAGCUUAUGAGAUGUUAUCGGAAUACAGCCGAUCGGAAAUCAUUGAAAGGGAAUGUUUAGAUCCUUUUGAUGAUCCAGAAUGUGAAGCAUUUGAUAUAUUCGUCAAUGAGGUUCUCUGUGUUGGCAGAGGAUGCCCAUAUUCAUGUGUCAAAACAGCUCCUCAUGCUUUCACAUAUGUUUCCUCAACUGGAACUGCAAGGGCAACUUCUCAAGGACAUGGUGAAGAUUACCAAGUCCAGCUUGCAGUUGGCCAGUGCCCAAGAAGUUGCAUUCAUUAUGUCACGCCUUCCCAGAGAAUUAUUCUCGAGGAGUUACUUGAGAGUAUCUUGAAUGUGCCUUAUGAUAUAUCAGCUGAGGCAGACUUGCUUUAUUCUCUAAUCACUAAAGCUAAGUUCGAGAACAAUCGGUAUCAAAAGCCAAAAAAGCAACCCAAAACUUCCUCCAAACAUGUUGAUUGGUUCUGACUUCUGGAUACCAUCUAGUUAUGUGCUGUUAAAACUUAUCUUCAGAAACUUGACAUGUACUCAACAUCACGGUCAAAUACUUGAAGAUGGAAGCAAAUUCAAUGAGAUGUUGAUGUCCAUUUUCUGUAUUUCAGUGCCGAUGCUUCUUUGAUGUUAGGUAGAAGUAAGCAAUACCAGAAUUGAGCCAAAGAUCAAAAUGCAUCAGUGUGAUGCUUGGACUAUAUGAUCCCAUAUCUGGUUGCCGGAAGUUAGCUUUGUUCUCAAAUAAAAAGGUCAUAAGAUGAGGGGAGAAAUUAUUCUUGUAAGAGGUUCUAU